AUAAGGUCAUCACGGGUCUGUGGAUUAUAGUAAUCCUGUCCACUAGUGUUGGGUGUCACACACACAUCGCAUUCCAGCACAGCUGAAGAGGAAGAUGGAAGUCACUGCUCGUUGUGCUGCUGUACUGCUCGUCCUGCUUCUGUCUCAGGCCCUGAUUGCUGUUCACUCACAGGAGGUAAGCGAAGAGGAGGCUGUCCAAGAGGUGGAGGUCGUCCAGGAAGAUGAGGUUGUCCAGGAGGAGGAGGCUGUCCAGGAGGCGGACCAGCCGGUGAUCGAGACGUGGACGCGGAACAUCAAAGCCUGCACCUGUGACUGCGAAGCUGCUGAUUCACCGACAGGUAUCCCCUCUGUCGUCCCAUCUGUCCUGCCAACGUCACUGCCACCGCCAUCACCUCAGGGUCACUCACUGAACUGCAUGCCAGAAUGCCCUUACCACAGAGCCCUGGGCUUUGAAUCUGGAUCUGUGACAUCAGACCAGAUCAGCUGCUCCAAUCAGGAGCAGUACGUCGGCUGGUACUCCUCCUGGACCCCCAACAAGGCUCGCCUUAACAACCAAGGCUUUGGGUGUGCGUGGCUGUCCAAGUUUAAUGACCAGUUUCAGUGGAUCCAGAUUGACCUGAAGGAGGUGGGUGUGGUGUCUGGCAUCCUCAUCCAGGGCCGCUGCGAUGCUGAUGAGUGGAUUACUAAAUACAGCGUCCAAUAUCGCACCGUGGAAACUCUCAACUGGAUCUAUUACAAAGACCAGACAGGAAACAACAGGGUCUUCUAUGGGAACUCUGACCGCUCCUCUUCGGUGCAGAACCUGCUGCGCCCACCCAUCGUAGCUCGUUACAUCCGCCUGCUGCCGCUGGGCUGGCACACCCGCAUCGCCAUGAGGAUGGAGCUGCUGAUGUGCAUGAACAAGUGUCCCUGAAGUGAACUCACCCUGCUUUUUCCUCACUGUCCAUCCUUCCCCUGCCAAGCGGCGGCUUGCCAAAAGGGGGACGCUGGUCCAGCAGUGAAUUAUGACCAUUAUCUCUAUAACAUGUCAGUCUUUCUGUGGUGAGACUCAAAGAAAACUAAGUCUGGGCUGGUGGACAUGUUCGGUGUCCUUUGAUGCACUACUUCUCUGUCUUAAAAUACUUACAAAUUAAUUGUUUUAACAUGUAAAUACAAAAUUGGACACCUUCUUCAGUGCAUACAGGGAAUUCCAGUUUGAAACGCAAUUUGGAAGCCUGGAGUUACAGGAGUAAAACAUAUAUUUGAUUACUUAUUCAAAACCCUGUAAUAAAAACGAUUCUACAGAUUAAGAGUCAAAUCAAAGGAGUUUGUUUUAUUUGAGAUUUACUGUUACAUAUGUAAACAUGAAUAUUCUAAAAUUGUUAAGCAUUCAUUUGUGGGUUUAUGUUCUCAUGUAAAUGCUCUGU